UAAAAAUGUUACAUUUAUGUAAAAGCUGUUAUGUUAAAAAGUGCGCACUGUAAAUGUUAAUUAACAGAAAAACUGAGCUACUUUGAUAUCAGCGGUGUGGCAACGCCGCUGCAAAGUAUAUACAGAAAUCAAAUAAGAUUUUUUGCAUGCUAAAAUCGCGCUUAAAUAACGAUAAUACCAAUUAAAAUAGCACAAAAAGCGCAAUUUCAAGACACUAUGAAACUGGAGGAGCUUUUGACAAAGGGCGCAUCAUCGCCGCAGGACGACGAGGAUGAUGAUGAAAAGGCGGAGUCGAAAACAAAAGCCACAAAUGAUGGAGGGGGUGAGAAUGUUUCUGAUGCUGCGGAGGAGGAGUCUACUGAAAAAGAAAGCGCGACUGGUAAGAAAAAAGGCACACGCAAGAAACGCUCGCUCAAUUGGGAGGAAGCUGAGCGAGGACUACUACUGGAGGUCAUAAAGACCAAAGUCGCCUUUGUGGAAAAUCGCAGUGUUGACGCCAAAAGCAUAAAAGCCAAGCGUCUCGCCUGGUCGCAAAUCACAAAGCAAUUCAACAAUCUCAACUUUCGCCAUCGACUGUUGGAGCAAAUACAAGUGCAAUGGCGCAGCAUGAAGAAUUCAGCCAAGCGUGAACAUCAACAGAAGCACCCCAAGUCGGAGCACUUGGAAGGCAUGCGCAUGAUUGAGUUUAUGGAGGAGCUGCAAAAGGAUCCAGUAACAUCGCGCAGUCAAACACGCAGCGGCACGAAUGGUGCAGCUAAUCCCGGAAGUGUGCCCUUGAAAAAGGAUCUGAUCGAAAUAGACGAAGAUGAGGACAUGCCAUUGGCCGCUUUGCCCAAUUCAACAAAUGCCAGCGAGGAUACACUCCAAACGUCCACCAUUGCUAUACCAUCACCACCGCCUUCCACCGGUGGCGGCGACUCACAGCAAGAGAAUGCACAAUCAUCAACCCACUCACAAUCGGGUACCAGUCGACGUAGACGCACCAAAGCCAAACCGUCGCUUAGCAGUAAGGAAGAUGCAGACACCAUCGUAGCCACAGCUGACAAUGACAAAAGCUCACCAGUGCGAAAAAGGCGACAACGAAAUCACUCUCAAGCACAGUCAGUGCUCUCGGAUGAUUUCAAAAUUGAUUCACCCGAGCAUAUAAGUACAAUUACAACUGCUGCGGUGACUGAGCCUAUAAGCCAUGUAGAAAUAGAGGAAAAGUAUAAGCAGCAACUGUUUAAGCUGCUAAAGCAGGCGCGUCUGGCCGAAAUGGAUUAUGCACGCCGUGAACAUGAGCAGAAGUUGCGUUUCGAGCAAAUGGAGCAAGAGCUUAAGAUGUCGUAUUACCGCCAGGAGCAGGACCUCAAGCUGCGACAUAUGCGCGAGGAGCAUGAUAUGCGUCUACGUCAACAGCGACGCGAGCAUGAGGCACGUAUCAAUGUUUACAAUGGCGAAGCUCAGCAGCAACUGACACAUUCGCAAUUAACAAUGGGUGGACGUUGUAAUACAAAAAUGGAAUACAAUAAUGUGCAACAGCAACCGACGACGUCUGCAAGCAGCCACAGCAUGGAAUCGGCGCUGGCGCUCAAUGCCAAUUCCUUGGCCUACAACUAAAUGUUGUAAAAAUACGAAUUGCCAGUAUUUAGUGGAAUCUGUAAAACUUUGAAAACACACACUUAGAAUUAGCUUGAAAUGCGUUAGCAAAAUGUAGCCGAGUCUCUAAAGCUACAGACUAAACGAGAUGAUUACGAAUCUGAUUACGAAUAUGAAUACGAAAACUCAUGUUGCCACAGACAGGCUGCGGCGUUACUUUUACGCCCUGCCCGGAACUCAAGAAAAUGGACUGUUAUUUUAUUCAACACUCAAGCAACACGGACGCAGACUAAGUGUACACAAGGCAUUUUCAAUAUUAGUAUUAUAAUUGUAUCCUGGUAACUAUUAAGUAAACUUGAAUUUCGAACGCGGUUGUGUUGUUCCCCCUAAAAACCAAUAUAUACUCCUAGCGCAUACGUUCCCAACUGAUCCCAAAAAAAAUAUGAACUAUCCAGACAGUAUUCUAUUUAUUUUGCCACUGUAUUAUUUUUACAA